GCAAGGCUACGGUCACUAGAUCACCGCGAAAAUAAUAAUAAGACACCGCGUGCGCGAUACCCCCCGAGAUAAACAGAAAAUUCAGCCCCCCCGUCCGAACCGAGAACUUAUUUUGAAAACUUUAUAUGACUUUUUAAAUACAUUGAGGACAUUUUAUAUUUAGUUACAGUUAUUGCUAAAACGUUAAUUUAUGUACUGUUGAUUUAAGAGCACCAGUUAUACGCACUUAUUACCAAGUACUUUUGUUGUGUUUAUGAGAGAUAUAGUAUGUGUUAAGGACACGAGCUAAGAUGGAGACCUGUGUCUUGAUCCCUCAGGAGUUUAGUUUGUGCGUGCGGAAUGCAGGAUUGGGUAACAGGCGCGAGCCGGAGGUUUCAGUUUGGUCCAAUACGACGAUCGCUCAAGGGUCCUUGUGUUAUCCUUUCCAAGGGACUAUUCGCAUCGACAAACUCGACGUCUAUGGGCAGCUCGACGAUGACGAUAUCCGUCACAGGUUUGGUUGCUACGACGAAAUUUCCCUCAGUGGUUCAAGGAAGGUUAGGCACUGUAAUUGGGUCAGAUUUGUCAGGGUGGCGAAUGCGUUCAAUCCGUCAGUCAAUUUCGUCGCUACUAAAGUCCGAGGAGAGCCCGUCUAUGAAGCAGUCAAACCCAUCCCGCCAGACACAGAAUUACUUGUAUAUUACUUGCCCGAGAGACCUGAAGAAUUGUUUUUCGUUAGGAUGCGAGCGUCCCUGUACAGACAGACUAUGGACUCAAUACUUGAAGAUUCUCCACUAGACCUAUCGAUGUCCCUCCUCUCGAGAGCCUUAUCGGGGUCACCCCCAUCGGCGGAGGAUGAAAGGAAAUCCGUCUCUGGUGACAGCUCGGCGGCCAGUUCACAAGGCGAUCUUCCAGAAACAGCAGUGCCCACACCCCGAGCAAGGCCGAGGGAAAGGACGCUUUUGCCCUGUGGAGUUUGCAGUAAAGCUUUCGACAGGCCUUCCUUACUGAAAAGGCACAUGAGAACACACACAGGAGAAAAGCCCCACGUCUGUAUGGUUUGCGGUAAAGGAUUCAGUACAUCUUCGUCCUUGAACACACAUAGGAGGAUUCACAGUGGAGAGAAACCGCACCAGUGUCCUGUUUGUCUGAAACGGUUCACGGCCUCCUCUAACCUUUACUACCAUCGCAUGACACACAUCAAGGACAAACCACACAAAUGCAAUCUAUGCAGUAAAUCCUUCCCCACACCUGGCGACCUACGAUCUCAUAUGUAUGUCCAUUCUGGAUCCUGGCCCUUCAAAUGCCACAUUUGCUCAAGAGGAUUUUCAAAGCACACUAACCUUAAGAAUCAUUUGUUCCUCCACACAGGGAAGCCAAAUGGAACGCGCAAGGGCUGAAAUUAUCCAUAAAUUAUACAAAAAUUUUACAAAUUGUUGUAAGUGAUUCUAGUUAAGUUAAUUUAUGUUAUUUGUUAUCAAAAUCUUACUAUUUAUAUAGAUGAAUAUAUUUUUGUAUU